AUGGCACGCGUCCCCCUGAUGAGGUUGUCCAAGAACAUCUCAUGGACGCGACGGAAGUCCUCGACGCAACAGGAGGUUUGUCAACAGAAGGAGCAACCGGAUCAACGACAUCACAUGUGGCUGAAGGCACUAUCAGCGUUGCCUAAGCAGGAAGUAAGCGGAGUUACAUCAACCGCGCUUCAAAAUCAUGCACCACCGCAACAGGACGUGUCUGAAGCUGUGCAGACAGUGUCCUCCCACCGCCCUCAGCAAGAUGUAGUGGGUGCCUCAAUCGUGUCGUCGCAGGCACCACAAGAAAGUUGUGAUGUGCGUUCCUCUGCCGUGUCAUCGCUUGCUCCGCAAGAAAGUGGUGAUGUGAGUGCCUCUGCCGUGCCUGUGCUUGAUCUGCAGGGCGCUGGGCCACAGCCUAGCGAGCAUCCUACUGCAGGUUUUUGCCGAGCUGUGACCAUUCGACGCCUAAUCGUGCCGCGCUGGGUGCGCAAUGGGUCCGAGACACCCGCUGUUCUCGACUGCGAGUACGUGUACAACGAGAACGACCUCAAGCUGGUGGUCAAGUGGUUCUUCAAUGACGGCGCGGAACCCGUGUACCAGUGGAUACCAGAGAUGGGAGUCCGCGAGGCGUUCGGAGUGCUACGGCAACGCCUGGACGACACGUUCUCCGUAAACUCUCGCGACGCGUAUUCCCAGUACCGCGCCAUCCGCAUUUUGAGGCCCACCUGGGAGCUUAGCGGCAAAUACACCUGCGUCGUGACCUCGCUCGCUGGCCAGGACGCACGGCACCAGCACAUGACCAUAUUCGUGCCGGCCAGGUCAUUCUCGUUCAACUACAGUAACUCACGGCCUCCACUAGACCGACUGCCCCGGCCACAAUCUCCGGAGCUCCCUCUGAGUCUUCUGUGCGUGGCACGAGGCACGUACCCAAAGCCGGUGCUGACACUGUUCCUACUCAAGGCAGGCAGAAGGAGACCUGCCACCGAGGCCGGCCUUCGAACAUUCACGACGGCGACAAUCGAAGACGGGCUCUUCGACGUCGCACUGCACGCCGACGCAUUCGAGAGUCAUCUCUCCUCACUGGCCGAUCUCUUCGAGUGCGUGCUGGAGAUCCCGUACAGCAACUAUGUGCUGACGCGCAGGAUGAGCCUCGCGCACGAGCUUACGUGGGGAGCUUACGGUGCAUCUAAAGGGUCACGCCUGCCCUUCCUGUCACUUUUUUACAUUGCCUUGAGCAUAUGCAUCUAUAUCACUUCUGGGCCGCAUAAAAGAGGCGGAGAAGAAGGGGUGCACCAGACAACACGGGAUUUCAGUGAGGAUCAGCGUGACACGUAGCGAAAGCUUGGACUGUUGACGGUGGUUGUUACGUUGACUGUUGCCAUUGGAUGUUUCAAGCGGCCUUUGUAAAUGAUGGGCCGUUUCGCGAGGGGCUCCAUCGUCACCCCGAUGGUGUUCAUAGUGGACGGGUCACAAGCAACAUCACGAAAAGUAUGACUGCAUCCUCAAAGACUUCAGUUGGACGAACUUUGUGCCCACAAAGUGUCAGCGCUGGAGGUGGCUUGAUGCUGCGGUGCUCAUCAAUCUUCGUCGUUCGGAAGGCGACGCUGUCGAGCUGUGCUUCUGACUCGUCCUAAUGUGAUUGGUGCAAGUGUUACGACACGCGUUAUCGCGUUGAGACUCGUAGGCUAAGCCCUAUCAUGCGCACUCUCCGUGUGUGCUAGAUGUCGUUGCUUUACUUGGAAGGUGGUUUUCUAAAAGCGUCCGCGAAAGACGACAUCUAAUGAAGCUAUAGCGUACUAAGGAAAUUGUUGAAGCACCACAUUAGUUUUAUUGCAAGAA